UUUAAUUUCAUAUUUAAUUAAUAUAUGUUUUUGUAAAUUCUUUAUCCUUCUUGUAUAUUUACUAGAUGUUUAAUAAGUUUUUAACAAAUUAUAUUUAAGUGAUGGACUUCUCAGAUUCACUUUCCAGUUCUAAAGAUGAUAAAGAAAAAGCAGAGGCCUUUUUAGCACUGCAGAAGGCAGUUCAAUCGCAAAAAAUGACACUAAAAAUGUUAGGAGUUUGUUUUAAUAAGUGCGUACAAACGCCAGGAGAAUCUUUAUCAACCUCUCAGCAAUCCUGUAUUUGGAACUGUGCCCAAAGAAAUAUCGAGACCCAGUACUUUAUUUUGAAAAGAUUGGAAGGAAUGGUAAAAAAUUUUGAACAAAAGUAAACGCAGUAAUAUAAGUUUUUUAAUUUCAUGAGUUAUCAUCACACUUCUAUUAUUCCUUAUAUUUUUUAUAUUCACACUAAUUUUGUACAAUAAAAUG